AUGGCAGCCCAGCCCGGCGGGGGCAAGAAGCCCUUCCACAUCAUCUCGCCCGUCCUGGAGAGCCUGCCCCUGUCCCAGGCAGCGGGCACCAAGGUCUACAUGAAGCUGGAAAACGUACAGCCCACAGGCUCCUUCAAGAUCCGAGGCAUCGGCCACCUCUGCCAGGAGGUUGCCAAGAAGGGCUGCCGCCACUUCGUUUGCUCCUCAGGGGGGAACGCGGGCCUGGCAGCGGCGUACGCGGCCAAGAAGCUGGGGUUGCCGGUCACCGUCGUGGUCCCCAGCACCACCGGCCCCGCCACCGUGCACAAGCUGGAGGAGCUGGGGGCGGAGGUGGAGGUCUCCGGCCAGGUGUGGGAUGAAGCCAACAGGAGAGCCCUGGAGCUGGCACAGACCGAGGGCUGGGUCAGCAUCCACCCCUUCGACCACCCCUUGGUGUGGCAGGGUCACGCCAGCCUGGUCUGGGAGCUGAAGGACUCGCUGGAGACCAAACCAGAUGCCAUCCUGCUGGGUGAUGUGGGGUCUUGCUCCCACUGGGGCUCCCCAGCCCUGACUGCUCCUCAGUUCCCCGGCUGA